UAUUUUUUCUAAAAAUUGUCUUUGCUUUUGUGAAACAAUUCAAUUUAUAGAAACUUGUUAAAAUAAUAAUAAUGCCUAUGUGAACAAAAAGUAAUAAUGACUAAUAUAGGAUAUUUUAGAAUGUGAAAUAUUUAUAUUUAUGUAAAUAUAGAAUGAACAUGCUUUAAUUUAAAAUACGUAUUAACUUUAAGUGUUUUAAGUGAUCAAAUUUGAACAAAAUGGAAAGAAAGAUCUGUUAGUGCGGUUUAUAUAAAAAAAUUUAAUUUUACAUAUGUAAUAUGUAUAUAAUCUUCAAAAAAUAGAGGAUAAUAUCGCUUAAUUUAUCUUGAGAAUUUAUUAAUUCUGAGGAAAAUUUUACAAACACAAUGUUGCCAGGAAUUGGAGUAUUUGGUACGGGGAAUAUUGUUAAAAUUAUAAUACCAUUUCUUCGUGAAAAAGGAUUUAAAAUUGAAGCAAUAUGGGGUAGAACAAUUGCAGAAGCAUCAGAAUUGGCGACAGAUUUAGAAAUUCCAUUUCACACAAGUCGAAUUGAUGAUGUACUGUUGAGAAGGGAUGUUGAUUUAAUUUUCAUAAUGUGCUCGCCUAGUUUACAUGCACAAAUUGCAGUUAAAGCAUUGGGGAUUGGUAAACAUGUAGUUUGUGAUAAACCAGGUGGAUUGAGUCAAAGUGAAGCAUUGAAAAUGGUACGAGCUGCACAAUAUUAUCCAUCAUUAAUAAGUAUUAUAAAUCAUAGUUUAAGAUUUCUUCCUGCAUUCAUACAAAUGAAGAAAGCUUUAGAGGAUGGAUUUCUUGGAGGUUUAGCAACUGUAAUUGAUAUCAGAGUUCAAAUGGGCAGUUUAUUGCAUGACGGCUAUGAUUGGUUGUGCGAUGAUACAAUGGGAGGUGGAAUUUUGGCUCUUGUUGGAAGUCACGUGAUAGAUUUGGUGCAUCAUUUAAUUGGUCAACGUGCUGUUCGAGUACACGCAGUAAUUCGCACAUUCACCCAAACGACAAAAUCUAUAUCAGGAAUACGUCACGUGACUGCACCGGAUUUUUGUACCUUUCAAAUGGAAUUAAAUGGUGGAACACUUGUAACGGCAACUCUCAGUAAUCAUCUUCAGGGUCAAUUGUCACAGGAGAUAUUAGUUUGUGGACCUGGUGGUCAUCUUGUUGUACGUGGAGGCGAUUUACAUGGAUGUAGAGAUGAUCAGGAGGAUGUUUUAUAUUUAGAUGUGGAAAAUCUUCAGGAUUCAUGUUCUUCUGUAGCGGAUUUCAUUCCUCGUCCCUAUAUUAAGGGUUUGAGAAAAAUGAUUGGUGCAUUGAGAGAGGCCUUUUUGCCUGUCGAAGAUAAACGUGGAUGGAUUAAAGAACCUGUUUCUUCAGCUGCAACAUUUGAGGAUGGUCUUUAUGUUCAAGCCGUUAUCGAUGCAUUACGACAAAGUAAUAAACGACGAGAGUGGACUAAAGUUUGCAUUCUAACGGAAGAACCCGAUCCAAAUCCACUUUUAAGUGCUGCCGUUAGAGCGACGGCAAUUUCAAUUUAAUUUAUAUAAGUAUAUUAGUUAAACCUUGGUGAAAUUGAUUUAAGCUACGUAAUAUUUAUUUAAUGGAAAGUUGUGGAAAAAUUUUAGGGAUCUGAAAUGUUAAAUUUUAGACGUUACAUACGUGAUAUAAAAACACAAAAAUUUUAUUGUUUUUAUCAUUAAGAAUUUUACAUUUUAGCUGUGCUGAUUAAUAUUUCUAACAAUUUACUAAACAAAAAAAAAAAUUGAAAAAAAUUAUUCAGAACCCUAAUAACAAAAAUGUCGACUUUAAAUUUCGAGAAUUCAAUACUCACACAAUACUCUAAAAAUAA